CUGUUGAUAAUAUUACAGUUGGAUCUGUUUAGCUAGCCAGCUUGCUACAUAGGGAUUGCUAAAUCUUAAGUUCUUGUUCGUCCUUUUUCAAAAUACAGCGAUAUCUGUGACGGGUGGCAAUACUUCAGAAUGCCACCCAAAAAGAAGGCUGCAGCUAAGUCGGCCAAAGGGAAGACGCCCACAGUAGUUGAUGGACUUUCCACAGAGGAGAUGUCAAAGGAACAGCUGGAAGAGCACAUUGUGCGGCUGCGGGAGGAGCUGGACAGGGAGAGGGAGGAAAGGAACUACUUCCAGCUGGAGCGGGACAAGAUCCACACUUUCUGGGAGAUCACCAAGAGACAACUGGAGGAGAAAAAGGCUGAUCUGAGGAAUAGAGAACGAGAAAUGGAGGAGGCAGAAGAGCGCCACCAAGUGGAGAUCAAGGUGUACAAGCAGAAGGUGAAGCAUCUGCUGUACGAGCAUCAGAACAGCAUUUCAGAGCUGAAGGCAGAAGGUGUGGUCUCCAACAAACUGAUGCAGAACGAGCACAAUGAGUUGGAGAAAGAGCUGUGCAAGGGCAUGCGUACCCUCAAAGUUGACCUUAAGGAGCAGGAGCUUGCCAAUGAGAACCUUAUUAAGGGACUCAAACUGAAGCAUGAUGAGGAAAUAACCAAAAUGAGAAAUGACUUUGAGAGACAAGUGAGAGAAUUUGAGGCCAAGUUUGAGAAGAAAAUGCAGGUGCUUCGUCAAGAGCAAGACCUGAGGAGGAAGACAGAGAUCCAUGAGAUUGAGGAGAGGAAAAACAGCCACAUCAACAUACUGAUGAAGAACCAUGAGAAGGCCUUCAGUGACAUCAAAAACUACUACAAUGACAUCACUCUCAACAGCCUUACCCUCAUCAACACUCUUAAGGAACAAGUGGAGGAUUUUAAGAAGAAAGAAGAACGUCAGGAGAAAGAGAUGGCUAAGGUACUGCUGCAGAACAAGCGCCUUACGGAGCCCCUGCAGAAGGCCAAGGAGGAGCUUGCUGAGCUGCAGAAACAACUGGCUAACUAUGGGAAGGACAAAGUGUCAUUGGCGGGGACCAAAGCACGUUUGAAGGUUGCAGAUAAGGAAAUGAAAGACCUGAAGUGGGAACACGAAGUGCUGGAACAGAGGUUUAGUAAGGUCCAAGUGGAGCGUGAUGACCUGUAUAAGAAGUUUACUCAGGCCAUCUUGGAGGUUCAGCAGAAGAGUGGCUUUAAGAACCUUCUGCUGGAAAGGAAACUGGGGGCUUUGACUGACACCUUGGAGAAGAAGGAGGCCCAGCUCAACGAGAUUCUGUCUGCCUCCAACCUGGACCAAACAGCCCUCAGCAUGGUUACAGGCAAACUGGAGGAAGUUUUGGACUCCAAAAACAUUGCAAUCAAAGACUUGCAGUAUGACUUGGCACGGGUUUGUAAGGCCCAUAAUGAUCUUCUGAGGACCUAUGAGGCCAAGCUGCAGGCAUUUGGGAUCCCUGUGGAGGAGCUGGGCUUCAAGCCCCUGGAGUGCAGCGUGGCGGGACACUCCCUGGGCCAAGGCCCUGCAGGCUUGGUCUCUGCACCCACAUGAGGCCCCAAGUCUGGACUCAGAGACACAGACACUUCCCUGAACCAGAUUCUGAUCUCAGCUCUGAGCCAAACUAUUACCUUAUGCGCUGCUAAUUUUACUCUUCUCCCUACCUCUUUUCUUUUUCUUCUUCUAGUGUUUAAUAGAAAUCUAGCUGAAGAUGAACAGCAUCUCUUUAUUUACAAAGAUAAACUUGAUACAUCAUGCUGUUUUUUUCUCUACACAGUAAGCAUUUCCAGAUUAAAGUAUUUCAGUCUCUGCCGCUGUAUUUGUGUAUAGACUCAGAGUUGUGAAAAAAAAAAAAAACAUAUAUUUCAGAAAACAUGAAGGCCAACCCAGCAGCGGAUGAUCAAGACCAUUUAACACUAAUUUGUCAUCAACAGUAUAUCACAAACCUCUGUUGUUAUUUUGACCAAAAACAAUACAUAUCUCUGUGAUUGCAGCACUACAUUGUAAUACCCAUUACAGUAUCUCCAAAAGGAGUGACUGAACAUUCCCUGGUUAGAAGAAAUCCCAGUUCUUUUUUUGUGAUGCUGCAGGCAGAGUCAGUACUUGGGGUAAGCAGCAUGAGUAAACAGAUCCUUCCUGUCUGGUGACUACAGUACACGCUGCUGACGUCAGUGUAAUAGAGUUGGGAAUGAUUUCCUGGCACACGCUGGGUCCCUUGAUACAACGGAGUAAUGUUCAAGUGCUACAGCACAUCAGAACAUUGCUGCAAACCCCAGGUGCAUCUCUUCAUAUCUACAGUUGAUAUUUUGUCACGUAGAUACUUCCAGUAGGAUAAUGCACCACGUCUCAAAGCAUGUCAUUUUUCAGUGGUUCCAGGAAUAUGACAGCAGGUUCAGUUUAGCAUCCCCAGGCCGCAAACCAAUACAACAUAUUUGGGAUGAAACGUAGUGGGCAUGAUGUUGACUCUGCAGUAACUAUGUGAAGCCAUAGUUUCAGCGUGGAUCAAUGUCCCUGUGAAAAAUUUCUGCCACCUUAUGCAUUCCCUGCCCACCAAACUUUGUGGAGGCCAAGGGGUUCUGACCUGGUAUAUGUGUACGUAACAAACUGGGAAUUGGAAUGUGGAAGUGGAGUGGAAUUAAUAAACUGAUUUGCCCAAGCCAGGAAUAUUUGGUUUAUGAUCAUGAGAAUGUACUAAUACAGGAAUUCCUGACCUUUGUUGGCCUGUCACUUGAUUUUGAUAUAUAAUAAAGUGAC